AUGGAUCCAUCAUUCAUGGCAAACGGCCUAAGGUUUUGGGGCUACCCAAGCACUACCACUAUCCCCGAUCCGCAACGUUUCAUCUCCGAUUUCGAAAGCCUCUGUCAUGAUUAUAACAUCCCCGAGGACGAAUACGUUACCACUGUCCAAAAAUUCUUUCUUCGAGAUAGCUCAGCAUCGGACUGGUACGACCGGGAGAUUAAAGACAAAGUAACGGUGUGGCAAGAGUUCGUUGGGAAAUUCAAGAAGACUUUCCCGCCAACCAUCAUGUUACUUUACCAGCAAUUACGGGAAUUAGCCUGGGAAAAGCAAGACCGUAGUGCCCAUUUCGAGGAUGUCGCUGACGCUGAACCUGGCCAAAAGUAUGAAUCCCUGAAGGUUAUCUUUCCCUACACAGCCGGUACUCUGAAAAGCAUAUUGGUCACAUCUGAAUAUAAAUCCGCUCUUUCCGAUGCCAAACGCUGGUUCGCCGGACAGGAACCCCCAAAAAAAAGUUUACACAGGAGGACUUUUAUUGGAGGCGGUCGGUUCCACUGA